AUGUUGGACUUUUACUACCAAAGUUGCUGGGUGUGUUUUGCCACCGAUGAAGAUGAUCGAACAGCCGAGUGGGUGAGACCUUGCAGGUGUAGAGGUUCUACAAAAUGGGUUCACCAGACUUGUCUACAGCGUUGGGUGGAUGAAAAACAAAGAGGAAACAGUACAGCUCGAGUUGCAUGUCCUCAGUGCAAUGCAGAAUACUUAAUAGUAUUUCCAAAGCUAGGUCCAGUUGUUUAUGUCUUGGACCUGGCAGAUCGGCUGAUAUCAAAAGCAUGUCCAUUUUCUGCAGCAGGUGUCACCUAUGGAGCUGUGACAGUGAUGCAGGUUGUAGGUCAUAAAGAAGGUCUUGAUGUCAUGGAGAGAGCUGAUCCUUUGUUUCUUUUGAUUGGACUUCCCACCAUCCCAGUCAUGCUAAUAUUGGGGAAGAUGAUUCGCUGGGAAGACUAUGUGCUCAGACUAUGGCGCAAAUAUUCUAACAAACUGCAAAUUCUGAAUAGUAUAUUUCCAGGUAUUGGGUGUCCUGUUCCUCGUAUUCCAGCUGAGGCCAACCCUCUAGCAGACCAUGUCUCUGCUACUCGUAUUCUGUGCGGAGCUCUUGUAUUUCCAACUAUUGCCACUAUAGUUGGCAAGCUGAUGUUCAGCAGUGUUAAUUCUAAUUUACAAAGGACAAUCCUGGGUGGAAUUGCUUUUGUUGCUAUAAAAGGAGCUUUUAAAGUUUACUUCAAACAGCAGCAAUAUUUACGUCAAGCUCACCGCAAAAUUUUAAAUUACCCUGAGCAAGAAGGAGCAUAAGACUGUGAUCUCCAGCUGUCAUACAAUCUCAUCUACCAGAUUUUCUUGUAUACAUUCUAUCAUUAUUGCACAGUAGUGGAGAAUUGUGAUAAGUUGCUGCUCCUAUUUUUUUUCCUCUAAUAUAAUAAAGCACUUUCAUGUGGCAGGGUAAAUUCACUCAGUAAUCACUGAACCUAAGAAUGUGAUUUGUUUUCAUUUUUGUGUAUUUCCUUCAUGACAGGCUGGGAUCUGAAUAAUUUCCUUAAUACUACAUAUGCUGAUUUUUUUUUUAAAUCAAAUUGUGCAGUUACUCUUCAGUUUACAAAUUGUAUCCAAUUCCCAUUUUUGUAUGCUUAAUGAAGUAUCAACAUAGAUAUUUCAUACACAGAUCAUCCCGUUCAACACUUAAGAAUACCAUGGAGGAAUUUUUUUUUUUAAAGAAGUGUUGUUUGAGUAGCAUUUUACCAUGGAUAUAUUUUUCUUGGAUUUUAGCCAAUAAGUAUUCUUUUGUUCACAGCUGAAGCUCAGCAAGAGAUGUAAAACAGGAGGCCUAAAAUGUAUACAAAACAUUGGAUAGACAAGCAAAAGACUGAUGGUUUUCUGAAGGUCCACAUAAGUCAACUCUGCCCACCUAGAGUAUGAAUUAGUACAUGGUUUCCAGCUAAUUUUGCUACUAUCUAAUUGUAUUGUCCGCAGAGCCUAGUAUUGCUAUGUCAUGGCUCAUUUGCUGUCUUGUAACUGUUGUUAUUUCAUCCACCUAUAGAGAAAUUAUCUGGGAAAGUGCAUUUCAGUCACUUACUUUUGUAAUUAGAACAGUUGUUUAGUAAUAAUAAAUUGUAUAUUGAGUUCCUAUCUCAUUAUUCAAUUAACUAUUUAAAUAAAUAGUAGCAGACAUUAGAAAAAGAGCAUUGGAUAGUGACUUCAGUCUGAUCUGUCAGUGUACAGAAGAUAAAACUUAAUUCUCUAAUAAAUAAGGUAAUUGCAACAGUAAAAUCCUGUUGUAAAAAUGCAGUUUUUUACUGGCCUGUCAAAGGGAGAGACCAGCACUUAAAUCAGUAAUUUUACUUUUUUAAAUCCACAUUUUUCAGUGGAAAUAGCAGUUACUGUCCUAGUGUUAGUGUUAAUUCUGAGUCCUGCUUCACAAAGUGGCCAUUUCAUGUUAAUGCAAGACUUAGCCCAGAUUUACAAUAAUUGCUGUUCUUAAUGCAUAACAACUUAAUGAUUUUUAAAUGUUCUUAUUCUUGGUUGUUUCCUAUUUUUUUUAAUUCAUGAUAGUAUGUGAAAUGCAUGGAAAAGGGUAAGCGUUUCCCCAUAGUGAAAUAUUGGUAAGUAAAUGUUGCUUUUCACUACAAAUGAAGCAACAAUAAAGUGGACUUCAUGUCUGAUUGCAAUAAUGUAUGUUAGUGACACUUAAAAUAUGGUACAUUUUUAUGUGUUACCUUAAAUAUCGAGUGUAAUAAAUGUAUAAAAAGUAUAUACAAUGGCCAACUAGUAGUCACAAACUAUAGUUGAAAAUGAUACAUGCAUAGCUGAUACUUUUGAGAUUCUUGCUAAAAUUGAUAAAUUACUAUAAUCUUGUAAGUCUGCUGAUUAUAUUGGUCUCAAAGAUUGGUCUGACUUUUUUAUAUAUUUACAUACAUAGCAGCAGCCUCUGAAAGGUGCUGAUUUCUGUAAUAUAAGUCUUUAAACAAUGUAAUACAUAUUUCUUGCAGAAUUCCUCAGUGCAAGGAGAGAGCUUUUUAGUGGUCUUCACUGUACAGAUUUCCAACCACUUUGUAACCAUUUUUUAAAAGUCUCAUUCAGAAUUUAAUAGUGCAAAUCAUUGUUUUGAUAUUUUGUUCCAUAGGAAGGCUAAUAAUCUUCUUUGAAAAUGGAAGCUGUUGUACAUCAGAUUACAAAAGUACUGUGAAGAGUAUAAAAUAAUUUAAACUUAGUUUAAAUGUAGUAAUAGAGAGUUACUUCUUUUGUUGCUGUAUUGUAAAAUCUUGUUUUUAGUAUUCAUUAUAACCACAUUGGAUUAGGUUGAAUAAAUAUUUUUACACUCUUUAGGUGUAUUUUGUCCAAUGAACAAAUAGUGCCAGAGCCUGUGGCAGAAUAGAUUUUAAAAUUGAUAACUUUUGAAUAAAAAAGGAGUGUACCAUUACUUUUUUUAAUAGCCACCCCAUGAUUAAUCUUAUAAUUAUUUUUUUUAAGAUAUUCCUUUUGGGGCUGGAUAAAGACCUAACUCUGACAGCUCCAUUUAGUUUUUUACUCUCACUUAUCAAUUAUCAGUAAAUGAAGAAGAGUGCAUCAUAUGAAAUGUACCUAUUUUUAUCAAAUCAAAACCAUUAUUAUCAUACAAUUGUAGAAUACUAGGAUUGGAAGGGACCUCGAGCGGUCAUUAAGUCCUGUCCCUUGCCCUCAU